UAACAGCUGGGUAGGAAGGGAGAGAGGGGGGUUGGGGGGGGAAGCAUCAGGCAACAGAAGAUAUUAAAAAACAUGCAGAAGGAGACGAUCUCAGGGCCUUCCAGAGUCAGGGAAAAGACUUCGGGGAGCUGCAGACAGGAGAUGGUAUGGCAUUUGUACUUCCCCCCAGCCCAUUGAUUUGUAUAUGAAAACAUAGCGCGUCUGUUCUCCCCCCUUCUGGGCUCUGCUUCUGAGUGAUCAGCUGAUGAAGAGACUCGCAGCACGCCGCUAUGCUGGUCUGUUAAUUCUCUCCCCCACAGCUGCAGCCGAGCCCGGUAGCCAGCCUGCAGACUGCAGUCAGCCCGAGGCAGAGGAGAACGGUUCCCCCAUGGAAGACGACAUCAGUCUCAAGAAACGGAAAGGUGAUGAUCAUGGAGGGAAAGAACUACAGGCGGGGCAAGAAACUGGUGAAAAAGUCAAAAGGAAGCGAGGACGCCCUCCUGCUGAGAAACUGCCUCCAAAUCCCCCUGAACUCACCAGAAUGCUGAACACACUGGUGGACAUGGUCAUCAAUUACAAGGAUGGGUUGGGACGACAGAUUAGUAAAGGCUUUGUGCAGCUUCCUUCUAAGAAGGAGGUACCUGAGUACUACGAGCUCAUCCGAAAGCCCGUGGACUUCAGAAGGAUCAGGGAACGUGUGCGCAAUCACAAGUACAGAAGUGUUGGGGACUUGGAAAAGGAUAUUUUCCUUCUUUGCCACAACGCUCAAACUUAUAACCUGGAGGGAUCUCAGAUCUACGAGGAUUCGAUUGUCAUUAAGUCUGUUUUUGAGAGCGCGAGACAGAGAAUUGUCACGAACGAGGAACAGAGAGACACAGUUAGUGCCAGUCACGGUGAUAAUGGCGGUGGAGAUGAGCACCAAUUUGUUCCAUCAGCAGUGAAACCAUCAUUACCAGUUCAGAUAAAGACAGAACCAAAGGAGGAGAGGAGCAGAAACACCAUGGCCAAAAGGCUUCACAGUGAUCUAGACAGCGACGAGGACCUGGAGGACAACACCACCAAAGAUGAGGGGUGAACUGAAUGGGCCUACCUUUUUUGUACUUUUGUCCAUGUCUCUACCACAUCCCUCUUCAUUUAUCUCUUUUAUACUCAAAAAUAUUUUUUUUGAAAGUUAAAAAAAGGUAGAAAGGAACAUUCAAAGAGAGGCAUUUAAAGAACAACGCUUUUCCAAACACAUUUUGCUGCACUAAGUGCUGUUCUCUUAAUGUGGAUGGUCCUUCACAAUAAUUUUAAUUUACGUUUUAUCUGCAUUAGUUUCAGUGAUUGCUUCUGCAGAUAUAUAAAAUACCACAUUCUCUGACUGUUUUUAAGGAACACACACACACACACACAUAUAUAUAUAUAUAAAUAAAUAUAUGAUUGUAUGAAAUGCCUUUAUAGGUCUGUGGUGCAUGAUAUUUGUCCAGCUCUGCCGGGGAAUGACAAACUAGAUUUGUUCAGGGUUACAGAGCUGAAGCACACAGGAAAGUGUUUUUAAAGAAAUUAGGAGCAAAUGAAUACUGUAAAUCUGUUUAAAAUCUCUUCAUGAAUAUUUGAUAAAGAUCAGAGUGGCAGUAUGACGUCACAUUACAACAGUGUUGAUCAUUUCGUCUGUUUCUGAUACUCGAUGUGAUGAGUUUUGCUCGAACCAAGGGUUUUCAAGGCGAACAUUUAUAUCCCUUGUGCUACAGUAUAUUCACAUAAUGUACAGUUUGUGUGGAAAAAUGGCUCAAUUUCUUUUAAUUUACUCUCUUUCUUGUUGGGGAGUAUUUAAGACAUCACUGUUAAGACAAUCCCUCAAAACAUGUAUCAC